AUGACCAAUGAAAAAUGCACAAGCUAUCUGGGCAGACUCAUUGACUACGUACAUUCCGGAGUUCGUUGGACUUCGAGUAAAAAACAGUCGGCAUGCCCCCAUAAACAGAAAAGGAUUGAUCAAGAACGCUCGCAGGAUCACUUGGAGGACGGUGAUAAAAAAGAUAAAGACAAAGAAUCGAAGAAGUCAUACGUCGAUCCCAGACAAGAGAUCUGUCCCUCUGUUCGAACAACUUGCUGUUACAUAAAAAUGCAGGAUCCAUGUAGGCCGUGUUGCUGUGGAAAACCUCUGCCUCCGCCUUGCCCACCGAAGGGUCGAUAUCAUGAGCCACGCGAACCAGUGUGUGGUUGCGAUCUCUGCCAGAAAUAUCCAGGACACAAAUGUUGCGACAGGAAUCGAGCUUUUCGUGGAAUAAAGAUUGACGGCGAGUAUUUUGAGAAAGCUUAACGUCUCUUAUCGCUUCAACGUAACACUGUACAAUUAGGAGGACACGGGAGAUUUAAAUAAAAGAUAUAUCCGAUGAAAUCAUAGAUCUUAUCAAUCGUAAAAAUAUAUAGAAUGAUUCUCUUUUAUACGAUACAAUAAAAAUUAAGGAUAGUAUAUUUCUGAUACUAUCAAUAAAUAUAUCGGUGACACACAUU